AUGGCCGUAGCCCCGAGACCUUGCCGGAUAUAUUGGCUUGUCGUUUUUCUGUUCCUGUUGCUUUCGACACGCUCGCUCGCUGAAGCUGAUCUUCCAUUUCUCAACCAGACAAUGGCAGAUGUUUCAAGGUCUGAACUAGCAAGCUACAAGAGAAUUAUCAUUUGCUGUGACGGGACGUGGUUGGCCUCUGAUCAGGGCGAUAAUUCGACACCUAGCAAUGUCGCCAAACUCGCAAGAGCCAUUGCACCGAAUGGACGCGACGAGGAAGGAAGACUUGUCAAGCAGAUUGUCUCGUAUCAUUCGGGUUUAGGAAGCGGAGAUCUAGCAACCCAAAAGGCUCUCUAUGGGGGCCUUGGAUGGGGUUUAGAUCAUGAUGUGACCGAGAUCUACGAUUUCAUCGCCAACAACUUCGAGCCGAAUGACGAGCUGUUCUUCUUUGGGUUCUCGCGCGGAGCUUUCACGGUACGGUCUGCUGCUGCCCUCGUGUCGAACGUUGGGAUCUUGUCCGCGGUGGACAUGACCAGUUUCACCCACAUGUGGUCAGCCUGGAGAGCUCAAGACAACAAGAUGCCAUUUUGCGAGUCUGCUUGGUACCGAAGCAACAAAAACCAGCUGCAUCUGAAGAAUGUGCAGGUCAAGGUCGUUGGAGUGUGGGAUACUGUUGGAGCGCUUAGUGUUCCGAGAUGGCCCGUUGUGAGCUGGCUGCAAAAGUUCAACAUUGUUCUGAACAGAAAAUACGAGUUUCAUGAUACGAGUGUAUCAAGCAAUAUCGACUAUGCGUUCCAGACAUUGGCACUGGAUGAGAAGCGAUUGACUUUCCCCCCGACGCUGUGGCAUAAGGUCGAUGGUGGUCCAGCUAUAGCCUUGGAGCAGUGUUGGUUCCCUGGUGUGCAUAGCAACAUCGGGGGCCAGGCAGAGGAGCCUUUGGAGGACACUGACCGCGGCCAGAUCGGAGCCAACACACUUGCCUGGAUGGUCAGUAUUAAUAUUGACAACCUUUCUGGCAUGCUGACUUUCGAGGACGCCGCCAUUCGGGCCAUAGUCGAUGAGCACACGAAGGCACUGAAGCAGAACCACAUACCAGAUGGCUGGGGCUGCGGUAAGAUCGUCGACAACUUCAGUGGCUGGAUUGGAAGAUUCUUCUGGCUACUCGGCACAUCUGUACGAACUCCUGGGGAGUACACCAGAGAUGCUGGUACUGGUAAGCCGGGCGCGACAAACGAGUACAUGCAUCCAAUGGUUCGUAUACGUCGGGAACGCCUCAAAGGAUGGACGCCACCGUCGCUCAAUCGCUGGGACUACAAGCCAAAGGGUUCAGGCCAAGUGGUCCAAUGGAGCAAGUCAGGGGCGGAGGACAUACCAGAGUACAAGAUGAAGGCCAAGAACAUUACUAUCGCUCUAGCCACAGCAGACGGCCAGCCUCGCUUCGACACCAGGGAGAGUCUAAGCAGAUCGUUGUGCCCGAGUCGGAUUCUGUCCGAGCUCGACGCGAUGGUUGCCGCGAGGGAGAAGCCUUUGGUGGAUGGACACGAUGAGUUGUGA